CCAGCUCCAGCACCAGCUCCAGCAUACACCCCCGAACCCAGGGCCCUCUGUUAAGCUUCUCCCGGACUUGCUUCUUGGUUAGUCGAGACGAAUACAUCGCGGCUCAGCCUCACUUUCGUGGACGUCGGCUUUACGGAGGAUCUGUUGUCACUCGAGUUUUGUCUGUCGUUGACAGAGUUUCGCCGCCCUUCACGAUUAUCUAUCGUUUGCAUAGGUGAAACUGACCGCUAUGAGUAACGUCCCUGCUGGUGCGAUGCCGGAUGUCGCAUACCAACUGUGGCAUUCGCAAGUCCAGGUCGAAGAGCGAAGGAAGGUAGUGGCUUACGUUGCCUCGGCCCUCUCAAAGAUGUCCGCCAAGAUGGGCGUCGGCUCCGACCAAGUCGUCACAAUCGCAACAUCCUUCGAACGAAACCUCAUGGACAAAUGCUCCAACAAGAAUGAAUAUAUCACACGUGCUAAGGAUCGUGUGUCGCAUAUUAUGCAGCAGGGGAAUCAAGCAGGCAAUCAACCUCAACAACAACAAUACGUGCAAAACACCGCUGCUGCCGCACAGGCUAUGGCGGCCCAAGCGCAAGCGGGUGCGUUACAAGUACAACAAGCUGGCGGUGUUCCCGGUAAUGCGGGACAAGACUUUACGAUGCAGAACGGCUUCGUACCGCAACCUAUGUCGCAAGCACAAAAACAGCAAAUGGCACUCCAGCAGACUGCGGAUCCAUAUCGUAUGCAACAAGCAUUGUUAGCGAAGCAACAGCAGGCUUUCCAGCAAAAGCAGAGAUUGGCCGCCCAGCAGCAGGCGCAACAGACGCAGCAGGCUCAGCAGGCACAGCAGGCACAGGGUUUGCGGGCGAGCCCAAACGCCGUCAUCAUUCAGAAGCAGGCUUCUGCUGGGGCUGGUGGGCAGACUUUGUCGAAUUUGAAUCAGCCGCUUCAUCAUGCGCAGCAAGGGCAGCCGCAACAGCAGCAGCAGCAACAGGCGCAACAGCUGGGUCAACAGCAGCCGGGACAAGGGUACCCACCGAAUGUCCCCAUCUCGAGAGACCAGUUGUUGGCAUUCGUUCGUAAAGCUCAAGCAUGGAAUAAGGCGCACGGAAAGGGCGAGAUCCCGAAGGAGCAGUGGACGAAUUGGCAGAGGUUACAGGAGAUUUUGCGUUGGCAACAACAAGAAGAUCAGAAAGCCCAGAUUAUGCAGGCUCAACAAGCGAAGCAGCAGGCCCAGCAACAUGCUGCGUUGGCACAGCUUCCGCAGCAAGCUGGGCUUCAGCCUCCGCAAGGAGCGACACCGCGUGGCCAGCCGAUUUCUUCCCCGGCCAUGGGCCAACACAUCCAACCCCAUGGUCAACCCCAAAAUCAACAAACAAACCCCGCCGCCGCUGCCGCUGCCGCUGCCGCCGUCGCCCAACAACGCAACCGAAAUAUGGCCGCCCUCAUGUCCGUAACCAUCCCUCCCCAAUUCCGCGCCCAACUCCCCGGCCUCCCCGCCUCCGUCCAAAAAUGGCAGCACGUCAUCGACAUGAUGAAAGCUGGCAAAAUGACGCGGGAGCAGACGGCGCAUGUGAAGAAGGUUUGGCAGGAGCACGCGGGGAUGGUGGAGAAGCAGCAGGCGGCGAUGAGUGCGUUGGCGAGGCAACAGCAGCAGGCAGGACAAGUACAGCAGGGGCAUGUGGGGCAGCAGCAGGGUGUGCAAGGUGUGCAAGCGGGUGGUAUGACGAUGCAGCAGCAACAGUUGUUGCAGCAGAUUGCGGCACAACGGCAACAGCAGGCCCAGCGUGUUCAAGCUGAACAGGCAGCCCAACGCGCCGCGCAGCAACAGGCUCAACAAGCACAACAGCAUGCGCAACAACAAGCCCAGUUUCAGCAGCCUAGACCCAGUGCUGGUCCUGGUUCUGGUGGACAGGUGUUCGACUUGACGUCGAGUCCGGCAAUGCCGCAGAGUACCCCCGUGAUGCAGAACGCUGUACCCAUGCCGGAACCGAAGACUACACCGAAGAGGAAACGUGCGCCGCCGAAGCCGAAGAAGGAGGAUGAGGCGCAGGCUCAGGCUGGGCAGCAGACGCCGGGAUCGCAGGAGAGGAGUCAGAAGAGGCAGAAACCGGAUUUGCAUUUACAGACGAUGCCGUCUGCGACGUUGCCUGUUGCUGCUCCAGUACAGCCUGUUGUUCAGCAGCAACAACCGGUUUCGCAGGCUGUUCAGGCUCAGCAAGUGGCACCGGCUCCGGCUGUUCCGGGGCAGCCUGCUGGUCCACAACCAGGUGCGCCUAAGUCUACCUCUAUCGACUUACAACAGGUGCACAAGAUUAUUGAGGGUCCCAACGCUGAGUCUAAGGCGAAGAUGAUUCGUGACCUCGAAGAAGAGCGUGCGAAGGUGUCCAGGAUUGAUUUCAGCAGGAACAGCUUCUCGUUAACCGAACCGGAGAAAAAGCUUAUGAGGACAUUAAUGAGGGACGUGCCGCAGUUCGUCCAAAGGAUCAACACGAUCAUCAUACCAUUAGCAUACCGCUUGGGCGAAGCCGACAGCUGGAGCAAGAUGAUGAAGGUCUCGCAUGCUCUUGCACAGCAGCACAGGGGAAUGGCGGAGGACAAGUAUAUCGCGAGGCCGGAGCAAUUGGAUUCGGCGAAGGUGUCUGUUGGGAGAUUGUCGAAAGAGCUUGCGCAGAAGGCGGUUACUGGGAUUGCUGAGGGUAGAUUUCCGUGGCUCGGUUCUGUUAACCAGAAUGCGGCUGCUGUGCCUGGACAGGUUCAAAAGCCGCCUCAGCAGGCUGUUCAUCAUCAGCAAGUUACUGGGUCUGCUCUCGCUGCUGCAGCAGCCGCCGCGCAACAGCAGCCUGUACCUGCUACGGGUAUUUCGCCUGUUCCCGGCCAAUCCCAGGGCGCGUUCAAGCACGGUCUCAAGCCUGAAGACUUGAAGCUUCCUACUGCUAAACGUCGCAAGACCCCUGGUUCAAUGAGUGUCAGUCCUGCUAUCGGCAGCGCUACUCUCCCGGGACAGAUCCCAACCUCUGCGCCCUACGUCGACAAAGCUCAGCUGGAGGCCGAAGCCGCUGCUCAAGCCGCAAAAAUCCAGGCCGAAGACGAAGAGUUUAAGAAGAGGCAAGAAGAGGCGAAGAAGAACUCCGAUGCGUACCUCUUCAAGAAAUGA